AUGGAGCUGGCUUCCAACGGAGGCGAGAACUUGACGAUGACGACAACGGCAAUGGCAGCGGCGACGACGGCGACGGCGCCAGCGACAGCGACAGCAACGGCAGGCUCGUCAAAGAGGAGAAUCUUGAAUACUGGCCCUAAAGGCAUGCCUGCCACCGCGCCGCCGACGAUGAAGGUCGACCCGCUGAGAAAACACUCGAGAUCACGUUCCCAUAACAUGGACGCCGGGAGACGAAUAUUUCACCCUUUGCACCACGACGGGCGCCAGAUGGUGACGACAUCGUCGCCGAUUCCCGUGACGGCACCGCCGUUGUCGCCCAGCCUCAAGAAACCGCCCUCGACUCCAAAGCUAAAGCAGCAUCAACAACAACAACAACAACAGCAGCAACAGCCGGGUAGUUCUCAGUCAUAUUUGCGCAAUCAACCCAAUAAGGCUUCUGUGACACAACCACCACCACCACCAGCGGUGACAGCACCACCAUCUUCACAUUUAUCACAUUUUUCACAACCAUCACAAGAUACAUUGUCCCGCGAGGAAGCUCAUCAGGGAGGAAGCACCCCUAUUCACGACCAUCAAUAUAGAACAAACACAGAUACAAAGCCUCUCGAUCCCUCACAGCGACAUUCCAUUGCCAUCUCACCCACACCGGACAAGUACAAAAAUGGCACGAGAGAGCUCGAUCCAAUCGAAAUCAAAAAAAUCAGGAGCACGCGCCGAAAAGCUAGAAAAGUAUGCCGGAAAUGCGGACUUGAAAUCACGGGCCAGUUUGUCAGAGCGCUACAAAGUGCCUUCCACGUCCAGUGUUUCACCUGCCAUGAGUGCGGGGUCCAGUGCUCGGCAAAGUUUUUCCCACAAGAAAUCGUCGGGGAGGAUGGACUCCCAGUGCAAGUUGCCCUAUGCGAAUACGACUACUUCAAAAAAUUGAAUUUGAUCUGCUAUAGUUGCGAUAGCGCCUUGCGAGGGCCAUACAUCACGGCGUUGGGAAAUAAAUACCACUUGGAACACUUUAAAUGCUCAGUGUGUCAGCACGUUUUUGACGCAGACGAGAGCUACUACGAACACGAGAAUAACAUUUUUUGCCAUUACCACUACUCAAAGCUAUACGCGUCCCACUGCGAAGGGUGCCACUCCUCCAUAGUCAAGCAGUUUGUCGAGCUAUUCCGCGGGGGCAAAAACCAGCACUGGCACCCGGAAUGCUUCAUGGUGCACAAGUUUUGGAACGUAAGCAUCACCGCCGAGUCUGUUGGUUUGCAAGAACUAGGCUGGUCGAAUGAAAAACUAGCCAACUUGAAGUUGGUCAAGCUAUCCGAUACUUCAUUCGAUUCCGAGAAACUAAUCAUGAUGGAGCAGAGCAUCGAGCAAGUGGUGAUGAACUGCUGGUUGAAACUUUCUGGGUUUGAGCAGGCCACCGCCGCGUGUAUCUCGGACAUGCUUCUUAAUGCAUGCACGGGCAAUAAAUUCAACGGGUUGGUGGUGACGGGGAAACUCAUGUUGAACUUGGAGCUUCUAUUCAAGGCAUUGGAUCAGGUUUUCAAACGCUGCAAAAACUCGCCAUUACCCAGGAUGGAAGAAGACAAUUUGGACUUGUCCUUGGACUCGGAUUACUUUCAACAGUUGCGCAAAGAACCCAGGAACAUCACUGGUAAGAUUAUGAGCUAUCUUGCCAUUUUGCGGAAAUCGGCCAACAUAUCCAAGUCCGGAACACUCUCGGCAGAGCUCCUUUCAGUAAUCACUGGGUGCGCUCAUUACCUCAAGCUCUUGAUUCGAAUAGGCUUGGAUAAUGCAUUGAAAUUGAACAAAUUGCAUGGCAAUGUGCUAGCAUUGGACGAGUUUUUACAAACUGUGUCGCAAUCGGAAAAACACAGCUUCUCGGAACCGGAGAGCAGGCACCACCUCAAGUCGUUGACUCUGGAGCUAGUCGUUCCUCACAACUCGACAGAUGCUUGUUUCGCUUGCGGGAAAAGCAUCGAGAAGGCGUGCAUCAAAUACGCUGAUUACAGAUGGCACUUGAAGUGCUUUAAUUGCAAGCGGUGUCAAAAAAACGUACCAGAAGAAUUUUCCAGAUGCGUUUUUGAAGCAGAUGCUCAAGGGAUAGUCUGCGGCACAUGCUACAAGGGAGCUCGACCACUCGCAGCUUUCACCUACGUGUCCGACUUGAGCCAGCUCAUUUAUCUAUUGAAGAUUGCAUUUGCCAGGUCGCGGGUGGUGAUGAAGAUUGAUUUUGAUAAGCCGCCGUCGCCGCAACUUAACAACAACGAGGAGGAACCUUACAAGCCGGAGGCCUUUGACCGGGCGACGUAUGUGAAAACUUUAGAUGACGUGACAAGGCUUCGAAGUAAACGGCUGAGUCAGAAACUAUCAAAAUCUUUGAAAAAGAAGGCCAGGAAAUCGGUCAUCAUUGCUGCUCCGCAAGCCAAGCACGCGCAGGAGGUGAAGAAUGAAGAAGAUUUGAGCCUGGAGAUGGAGGCUACUUUGAAAGUAGACGAGCCUGCUAGAAAGGCCAGUGGCGCGUCGCAGCUUUCCUUUGAAGCCGGCGAAGAGUUAUCAGUCAAACGGGAGGUCCAGAUCCGAGACGAGCCACAACGCCAGUUGACAUCUGUCCACCUUGAUCGCACUUUUGAUCUUCUCCGAAACGAGAAAUCCUUGACCUUGGACGAUAUCCCCAGGAUCGUGGCGGCGGAACAGGCGCGCGACCAGCGACCAAAUGCGUUUAAGCACCACAACAGGCUUUACCAGAGAAGCGGCUCGCACAAACUCAAGAGUGGCGGACACGCUAUUGCAUCGACAACCCCAAGCAGCGCGUUGGACCAUAUCUUGAACCUGUCCACUCAAACAAGCGACCCACCCGUUGGCAAGCAAAAGUUUUACUCGGAACUAACAAAGGAAGAGCACCACAUCAUGCGCCACAUUGCCAUUGAAGCGUUGAGUCAGAUCAACGACGAAAAAUACGUAAGGGACGAAUUGGUGGCCCAGAUCCAGACUAAAAAACCACUCACGUUUUGGGAAAAGUUGAAAUUUGGCGGUGCCAGCAAUUCCAAGGACAAAGCCGGCGUGUUUGGCGUCGACUUAAGUUUCUUGACCCGCAAGUACGGUGCAGACUCGGAUUUGGGCGUGGGUCCCUCGAAAUUGCGCAUUCCCAUCGUGGUGGAUGAUGUGAUCAACUCCUUGAAGCAAAAAGACAUGUCGGUGGAAGGAAUCUUCCGGUUAAAUGGUAACAUCAAGCGGUUAAGGGAGCUCACCGACGAGAUCAACCAAAAUCCAUCCAAGUCGCCCGACUUUACCACGCAAAGUGCAGUGCAGUUGGCUGCGCUUAUGAAGAAAUGGUUGCGCGAGCUUCCCGUGCCUCUACUCACUUUCAGCUUUUACGACUUGUGGAUCUCGUCGCAACACGAACCGCCCGAGGUGAGAAAACGCGUGCUUCAAUUGACCUACUGCUUGCUCCCGCGAGACCAUCGCAAUUUGCUAGAAGUCCUUUUAUACUUUUUCAGUUGGGUUGCCUCUUUUGCUGAAAUCGACGAAGAGAGCGGCUCCAAAAUGGAUACCCACAACUUGGCGACGGUGAUUGCGCCCAACAUUUUAAUAUCGAAGCAAUCCUCGCAAACGGAGCAAGGUGACAAUUACUUUUUAGCUAUCGAGGUGGUCAAUCAACUAAUAGAGCAACACGAGGAGCUCAGCAUCAUACCCGCGGACCUACUCAACGCUUAUGAAGCUUGUGGGUUUGAUGCUAUUGAGAAGAGCUUGUCGUCGAAAGAGAUUUUUGCUCAUAUCGAGAGUAUAUAA